AAAAAUUAAUAUUUUCCUUUAAAACGAAUGAAAUAAGUAAACGAAUAGUUACUUCAGUUAUAGAUGAUAGAUGGCAUUACUUGUAUUUUUAUCCGCCAUCUUUAUCGGUUUUAUGAAGCCUCAAAGAAAGUGUUAUUUACAAGUGUUAAUCGCUAAAUUUGUUAGAAAUAACUUGUCCGACAGAUGAAGAUUAAGGUAAAAGCGGUUUAAGAAGUCGCAUCAAUUAAAAUAUCUCGACGGCGAAAAGAAAAAAGAAACCCGCAGGGAAGAUGACGUGGGUACGUGUUAUAGAGUAUUGCGCAUGGCAUCAUGUAGUCGGUGACUUGGUUAAAAUGCAAUGAUUAUUGCAAAAAUCGGUGGCAUUUUGGGCAGUGUCCGGUCGGAAAAGGUAAGAAAAUCGAUUUUCCCCACAAGGAAAACCUCGAUCGAAACUUAUCCGAAACGGCAACCGUCGCGGCGCUCCCAAUUUUCGCUUCGUAAAUCGCAUGGGUGUUGGCCAGCAGCGAUCUCCGUUCCAUUUUUUGAGGUAAAAAUGCGUCCUCCAUGUUACGACCCUGAACGGGCGGAUCAACUAUAUAUCAUUAAUAUGUGAUUGCUUUAUCACAUAUAUUUUAACGUGCAAUAAUCGCAAUCACAUUAAAAUGUCCGGAUUCAUCAGCAAACCUUCUGGGGGCUGGAUCCACUCCGAUAAUCUUAUUGCCAACAAAGGAGCCACAUAUUCAGUACGGUAUAUAGGUUGUCUCGAAGUUAAGACUUCCAUGAAAACCUUGGACUUCAAAACAAGAUCAAAUGUUGCAAAGGUGUGUAUUAGCAAAGUAUCAGAAGCAGCCGGCUUAACAACUGCUGAUAAAAAAAGAAAGAUCGAUAAAAAUGUGCUUCGUGCGAUUGCAGAAGAGCCCAAUAUGGACCAUGCUGGUUGCGAUGUCAGCUUAAACAUAUCCAGCGCCAAACUCACUUUGACUUCUUUAGAAUCCAACGACAUCAUUGCUAGUCAUGAUAUGCCUAGAAUAUCGUUUGCUUCGGGCGGAGAUACGGAUACAAUGGAUUUUGUUGCUUACAUCGCGAAAGACGCAUCUGAAUGGAGAGCGUGUUAUGUGUUGGAAUGCGGCGGGGGUCACGCAAAAGAUGUCAUUUCAACAAUAGGACAGGCGUUUGAAUUAAGAUAUCAACAAUAUUGCAAACCAGUUGGAGUAGAAGUGAAAAUGUUGAGUGGUGGAGAUGCAGAUAAAGAUUACUACAACGAUCUUCCUGGGAAGGUUCCUCCGGACGUUGCAAUGCCUUUAGAACGGCCACCUCCAGUUCCGCCUUUACCGACCGUAGUCCCAUCAUUUACAACGUUACCCCUUGUUCAAGCGCCUCAAACGCCACAAACACCGAAUCUUAUCGAUCUUAAUUCGUACGUUAUGUCGCUCGAAAAUCAUCAUGAAUAUGUCAACGAUAUCAACACUAUUGUACGAGAAAGAGAUGUUUUUGAUAUGCAGCCGUUUACGAAUCAAAAUCCACCGCCAGUGCCUUGUAGACAGAUGGAUGAACAAUUAGAGGAGUUGAAGAAAGAGGUUUGGUUCCAUGGCCAAAUAACGCGACGUGAAGCGGAAGGUUUGCUGAUUAACGAUGGCGAUUUUUUGGUACGGGAGUCGCCCAAUUCAUCAAAUCAAUACGUUUUAUCCGGAAUGCAAGACAACACAAAGCGUCAUUUGUUGUUGAUCGAUCCAGAAGGCGUGGUACGAACCAAAGACAGAAUAUUCAACAGUGUUAGUCAUUUGAUUAUAUAUCAUUGUCAGAACGCUUUGCCGAUAAUAUCAGCGGAAAGUGCCCUAGUUUUAAGAACGCCUGUUCCUCGAAAAAUGCCGUUGAAAUGAAAUUUAAACAAAUACAAUGUAACGGAUUACAUAUUUUUUUCUAGUAGAAAAGCCUUUGUUUUUGCCGAUAAAAUUUAUUAGCUUUAAUUAUUUUUUUAAUUUCGUAUCGAAGUCGAACAAAUUUUCUUUGUUAUUUUUAUCAUAAUACGAUAUCAGAGAGUAUGUUGAAGAUUUUACUGUUUUUUUUGUGUAUAUAUCGAUCACGUUAAAUUAAAUAAAUUAUAUAUUUUUGUACAGAAUUAAAA